AUGAGGUCAUUUAAUCCCCCCACGGGAUACCCCUGCUGGUAUUACCUUAGUCAUGAACUGAGCAACCCCUCUCUUAAUGUUACGCGUAGGUACUCCAGAAAUUUCCUAACAACCAACAGAACUCCUAUUCGCCAACUAUCUCAACAUCCUGUUGCGAUUCUCAGCUCAAAAAUCAUGGGUUGGAAAGAUCACUUGAAACGUAUCAAAAAUGAGGUUGAGCAGCUGAUUGCCGACCCGGGGUCUCAAAACUCUCAGCAAUCCCAGGCCCCUCAAUAUCAACAGCAGCAGCAGCAUCAACAAUAUGCCCAGCCGCCGCCGCCGCCGCCGCCGAUAAGCGGACAGCCUGCUGCUGUUUACUGGCAGCCUCAGUUCAGGCCUGAUGUGCCCGUGACUCAAGACUGGGAUGGGAAGAUCGGCAAUGGGACGGACGGUUGGGGAAAUCAGGAGCUCCAGCACUACACCGCCGAGCAGCAGAAUGUCUUUUAUACUCCGGAUGGGAAGCUCGUGCUCCGAGCCCUCGCUAACAGUGCCUGUCCCAACCCCGAGCAGAAAUACACGUCUGCCCGUUUGGUGAGCAGACAGACGCUGUCACGUGAUCACGGAGUGUUGACGGCUGUCAUUCUGUCCCCUUGUGCCGAGGGUAUCUGGCCUGCUUUCUGGCUUCUUCCGCAGGAGCCGUUCGUAUGGCCUACCGAUGGUGAAGUUGACAUUGCUGAAACCUGGAACGGAGACUGCGAGAACCACUCGUGUCUUCACUGGGGCCAGCAUCAUGAGCCGGACAAGCAUCGCGUUCUCGGGACCAAGAUUCCCGACAUGCAGUACCGACCUGUGAGGUACGACCUGGCGUGGGUACAGCCAGGUGGACAACCCGGUCAGGGUAGGAUGAUUUGGUAUAUCGACGGAAGACCGGUGAUGAAGGGGGAUAUUCCGCCUGGAACCCGGCCAAUGAGAGACAUGACCAUCUUGUUGAAUGUGGCGAUGGGAGGCAAUGUUUGCGGUGGCAAGACUCCGAGGGACGGAUACUACGACAUGGUCGUCCACCAGCUGUAUAUGGCGAGUGAGCCCGAGUACGGUGGUUGGCAAAGGUUUGAGAACGACUGGGCGCACACGCAACUAGGUAACACGUACUAG